AUGGCGGCCCUCCGCGCCGUCGAAGUGGACACGUCGCGCUGCGGCCCCAGCUCGGAGCUUCCGGCGCCUCCGCGCCCCGCGGCUGCCCCCGAGCCGCACGGUCCUUCGUGCGGGGGAAGCCGGCGGGGACGCGCGGCCCGGCCUGCGGCGCAGACUCCCGGGGCCGCUGGGGAACUGUUCGGGACUGGGGCUCGGCCGGUGGCCCUGCAGCGGGGCCCGCGGGGCGGGGGCGGGGCGGGGCGCGGCGCGCGUGCGCAGUCGGCUCCGCGGGGGCAGCGCGGCGGCCGGACGCCCGGGCGGGAAGGCGGCGCGGGGCCCGCUCCCGUGGGCCGCUCCCGUGGGCCGCUCCCGUGGGCCUCCUCGCGGGAGGAGCCAGAGCGUCUCUACCGCUUGAAGCUCGGUAGGAUUCUGAUAAAACUGCCAAGUGGCUGGCUGGACACCGUCCUUUCGUUGCGGUUCUGUACACAAUUUCACGAAGAACUUGUUUUCAAAUUACCACAAACCCCUCCUGACACGAUUCGAAGUAUUUGUUUUUGUGCAUGCACAGAACACACUUGCAGUGAAACCCUUUCCCUGACAAAAGCGGGAAUUUGUGCGUCACAGUGCUGCUCACCAGAAGCCUGCAGACACGGGACCAACCGCGCGGCUCGGAGGCGGCCCACCUGGCCCUGCAGUGACGGGGGUGCCUGGCAUCGGCCUCCACUUGGCGCGCGGGGCCACGUGAUCCUGCCCUCAGACCACAUGGCAUCUGUCACAAUAUACAGGUUUUCAGCGGUCUGGUCGUCAGCAUGGACACAUUAGAAUACAGUUUCCAACGUAGUCACUACCUACCUCAGCUGCACCCAGUUCCUUUCCACAAUCCAACUGCUGCCGACAGCGCCGACACCAAGGUACUCCUCACCGAGACACAGCUCUUAUCAGCCAUCUCCGCUCCAGCCUCAAACACUCUUAUCUUUGCCCAGUGUGACGGCCCUCAGCUUAUCAGCCCUUCAUCAUGACCACACGGCAGGAAAACUGCAACAGCUUCCAUCUGAGCUUUCCCUGCUCUGACCGCCCUCAACUCCAUCCAGCUGUAACUGCAAUUAUCUUCUUUCGUUUCAUAAUUUACCCCCAAAAAUAAUCACUCCAAGCUCCUGCCAACUGAAAUCUAGUCUGCUUAGCUCUCAAAGAAUUUCGCCAAGGGGCCUCAGUCCCUCAACCUUGUUUCACACAACACACUGAAAUGUACCUCAUGUUUCACAGUAUGCUUUGCUUAUAUUGUUUUUAUCUGAAAUAGCCCCCAGUAUCUUUCGGACCCAUGCAAAAAUAUACCUACCCAUAAAGGCCCAUUGAAAAUCCUAUCUCUGUCAUCAAGCCUUUUCAUUUUUUAAAAACUGAUUUUCCUCCUGAAUACUAACAGCAAGAAUACCCUAAGCCACAGAAGACUAGGCCAAGGUUCCCUACUUUGUGAUCCCAGAGAUCUCUGCACUGGUCUUUCACAGUACUUUGCACACUUGUUAAAGAUCUGUAUUUCCCUCAAAACUAAAUUCCAUGAGGACACAGCCUAACUGAAUGGCUAACAAAUAGGAACUAAAAUAUCAAGGACACAAAUACUUUAUAUACAGUCUUGUAUUAUUUUAUGUAUGUGGUUUCCUCAAGUAACUAUAAGCACCUAAGAGCUUCCAGUGACUCUGUCAUACAGAAAGGACAGUUAUGAGCACACAGUAGUUUUUAAUUAAUACACAGUGGCUGUCCAAUAAAAGGCAAAAAAAAAAAAAAGGGGGGGUGUGAGAAGGCAUAGGUUUUCUGCUCAUUUCUUGGAUAUUGUGUAUCAAAACUGUAUUUUAUUUAUGCAACACCAACCCUAGGUGACUGGCAGUGCUUUUUAACACAACUUUUUAAAUCCUAAUAACUCUUACCAGUUAAACUCUACUGUUAAGUCCAAUUGACAGAUGAGAAAACCAAAAUACAUUAAUAUACUCGCCUCAGGUCACACAGCUGGGAUUUGAACUGAGGAAAUCUGAUCCCAGACUCUGGGCUCUUCAUCGCUAUGCUACUGCUUAUGAUAUAACCUCUCAUAUAACAAACUGCAAAUCAGUAAGAUACCAUCCUGGACCAAUAAUAAAAAAACAACGCAGCUCUAGCGGUCACAGCCUUUAGACAAAUCUUUUUUCACAGUAUUUGAAGUUCUUUGUUAUGUCCCAAUGCCUGUGCAUAAAAAUAAUUGUCUAAAAAGUAGUUUAGAUUUAUUUUAGUAACUCUUGAAUUGUAACGGAGAACAUUUUUUAAGAUGUGAAACUGGCAUGUCGUGGAAAAAAACAGCUUUCGAAGCAAGACAUGCUAAUGCACAGCUUCUGUGUGACUCUAGGCGAGUCACUUCAGCCUUUAAACCUGGACUUCUUCCUCUGUAAAAUGAGUAUAAUGCAUAAAACUUUCUUUGUAGGCCUGCUGUGAGGAUUAAAAGGAAUGAUAUAGGUAAAGCCCUGACUGACAUACCAGGUACUCCAGAAAUGAUUAAAGUGAGAAAUUAGAAAAUUUAUUAUAACUAUACCUAAUUGCUAUAAUAAAUACUACAAAGAC